AUGGAGAAUUCUGCUGUCAAUGGUGAUUUGGUUCCGAAAAUGGAGGGGGACCCACUUUAUCAGUUUGACUGGGUUUUCUUUGAAGAAUCAUUUGAAAAGAUAAUGGAGUUGCCACCUCUUCCGAGCUUGCUCGAAUUAACUAGUACCGACUCGUAUACCGAGCCACUGAGGAAGCAGGAGAGCACUGAGUUGACUGAGAUAAAGGGGUUUGACGAUGAGGUAAAUUUAUACGAAGAUUUCACGGCGGGUGUGAAGCCGCUGAAUGUUGCAGGUGGUUCUAGCAGUACUGAGUUGACUGAGAGCGAUACAAGGUCUCUGGUUCAUGAUCGAGUCCGUAGAGGUUCAAGUGAAGAUCAGAAAGAAGAUGGAGAAGAGAGGAGGAUGAAGAGGAGGAGGAAGAAAUCUAGUGAGUUGGAACUGAAGGAGAUUCAGAAGCACUUCGAUUCGCCCAUAACAAUGGCGGCCAAGGAAAUGAAAGUUGGUUUAACAGUGUUGAAGAAGAGAUGCAGAGAGCUGAACAUUACUAGGUGGCCUCAUAGGAAGAUUAAGAGCUUGAAGAGUCUCAUUGAAAAUGUCAGGGAAUUGGGAAUGGAUGGUGAGAUAGCAGUAUUGAAGGAGCACAAGAGGCUUUUAGAAGCAGUACCAGACAUGGAGCUCUCACAAAGAACCAAGAAGCUUAGACAAGUAUGCUUCAAAGCUAAUUACAAGAGAAGAAGAGCAUUGGCUAAAGCUGCUGCCUAA